GUGCAGGUUCUGGUUAAACCAUGUUUUUGUACUUAGGCUGAUCCAGUACCCCGCCCCGCCCUCUAAAGGCCGGAUCUCGGUCACGAAGGAGGAUUUGUUGCGCCUUCGAGACGGAGAGUUCCUUAACGACGUCAUCAUCGACUUCUACCUCAAGUACCUGAUCCUGGAGGGGGGGGGCUCGGCCUGCGAUCGGAGUCACGUGUUCAGCAGCUUCUUCUACAAACAACUGAGCCGACGGAGGGCGGCGGGCGAGGAGGACGCCUUCAUCCCAGACCGGGACAGGAGGCAUCAGAGGGUGAAGACCUGGACCCGACACGUGGACAUCUUCUCCAAAGACUUCCUGUUCGUGCCUGUCAACCAAGAAGCUCACUGGUUCCUGGUGGUGGUCUGCUUCCCCGGCCUGGAGGAGCCUCAGCACCAGGAGUUCACCUGUCCUGCAGGUGAGCCACCUCCAUAGAUCAGGGCUUUUAUUGUGAAAUAUCAGGGC